AUGGUGGUCAGCGUUGAAUCUAUGCCGAGCAGUACUACAAAUGGAUACAGCACCAUGCCAACAGAAACUUCCCUAGAUCCUCAAACGAUAAUUCGAUUAGCCGAAGAGAAAAUUCGUGUUAAAACUAUUGCAUUAGGUCUUCGUGUAACCGAGUUUUUUCAUGAUUUCGAUCGUCUACGUUCAGGUUAUGUAACAGCAUCACAAUUCAAACGAUGUUUGGAUACGAAUCUGCGUCUUCAACUAUCACCUGAAGAAGAACAAUUACUCUUACAAAAAUAUGGUCAUAAACGCGAUGGAAGCGUUUGUUAUCGUGAAUUCUGCGAUGUGAUUAAUCGAAAGUAUCCUGAAACGACCAUCACUGAUCAUCCGGAGAAUUUCACCAACGCUGCUCCACCAUAUCUCAAUUCUUGGCGUUCAACUCGUCACAUCGGAACACAGGAUGAAAGCGAACGUUUGAAAGACGUUCUUCAACGUAUCGCAACUUAUUGUAAACAACGUCGUAUUGAUGUUCUAACUGCCAUGGAACACUACGAUAAACAUCAAAUGGGCGAAAUCACUGAUAGUCAAUUCUAUCGUGCCUACGUGGGACCACAACUAAACGAAGCGGAAAUGACGCUUCUUCGUGAUAAAUAUUCCGAUCCGAGCAAGCCGGGCUUGAUGAAUUAUCUGAAUUUCGUUCAAGAUCUCAACAGACUUGCGCGUGCCAAUGAGACAACAGCGUCAUUUCCUGCAACAAAUAAUGCGGACCAAACUCCGUUCAUCGGUAUUGAAGAACAAGCUGAACAACGCUCAGUUCAGGAAAUUUUAGACAAAAUUCGCAUAGCAACGUUCAAAUACGGCAUUCGCAUAUCAGAUUUCUUCAAAGAUUACGAUAAAUUACGUAGCGGUGUCAUUACUGAAACACAAUUCGAGAGUGCCCUGUCAUUAAGUGUACAAAAACAAGCGUUUUUAAACAUGAAUGAUAUCAAAAAGUUAACUGAAUACUAUCGAAGACCCGAUGGGCGAGUUUAUUACAAAGAAUUCGUUGAUUCCAUGGAAAGUGCGUUCAACAUUCCGGAAUUAGAAAAAAAGCCAUUGACGCAAGUUCAUCGACCGGGACAAGGACUUCUCUCAAGACCAUUGAACACAAAUCUAUCACCGGAUGAAGAAGAUCGUGUUUCGGAGAUCUUGGCGGUUAUUAUCGAAAAAGUGAAAAAACGUCGUUUAGUUCUCUUUCCAUUCUUUAAACCAUAUGACCGAAGCAAAGCAUUUACACGUGCGUGUACGAAACAUCAAUUCGGACGUGUUCUUCGAACGUUAGAUCUCAUUCCGUCACCACAUGAUUUCAACAUUUUAUGUAAGAAAUUCGAAGAUCGAGAAACGGGAGAUAUUAAUUACACACUAUUCUGUCAAAUGACCGAACAAGAUUUUGUGGCGAUUAAAAUUGAGUCAGAAGAAGAAUAUCCAUGUGAUCGUGCUCGUGCUGACGAAGAACAAAAACGGGAAAAAUUAAUUGUUCAAAUCGAUACAUCGAAUGUGAAUAUGAAUGAUUUGAUGGGUCGAAUUCGACACCAUGUUUUGAUCAAUCGAAUUCGAGUAAAAGAGUUUUUCGAAGAUUUCGAUCCUCUUCGUUUGGGAACUGUCAGUCAAACACGAUUUAUCCGUGUUUUGGCCAGUUUGGGUCUUACUGGUCUCGAUGGUAUUCCGUUAACCGAAGCGCAAAUGUUUGCACUUUGCAACCAGUAUCGUCACCCUGAACAACGUGAUCUUAUCCAAUGGAAACAAUUCGAAAGUGAUGUUGAAUCAGUUUUUACAUUAUCCGACUUGGAAAAGGCGCCAACAGUUCAAGUUUCACCACAAACGAUCUACGAAAUGCCGCCGAGUGGUACACCUGACUGGGCAAAUAUUGGCCCAUACAACCAAACCGAACUACAUGAAGCAAUGUCCGCAUGGAAGGCAAGUUGUGAUCAACGACGUCUCGAAGUUUAUCAACCAUUCAAACAAUUCGAUAGACACAAUCGUGGUCAUGUUACUCGAGGACAAUUUCGUCAAUGUUUAGCCAUCGCAGGUUUACCUUAUACUCAAAGACAAUUGGAAGCAGUUGAAGCUGCAUUCAUGGAUGAUGAUGGUUUCGCUUAUCGUCGUUUUAUCGAAUGGAUUCAACCACGUCGUAUUGAUCCUUUGCGGUACAAUAUUUUACAACAAGAACUUCGAGAUUUGAAUAAACAGAAGGUCUUACCCGAAACGAAACCAUUGGCAAGUAUUCAAGAUGUUUUACAAAAGAUCAAAGGACAGGUAUUUCGUCGUCGUAUUCGUCUUUACGAAUGGUUAAAAGAUCAUGAUAAACUAAAUUGUGGUCGAUUGACAUUUGAUACAUUCCGUCGUGCGAUAAAUCCAUGUCAAUUAGAAUUAGCAGAAAGUGAAUUGUCUUUAUUGGAAGAUUAG